ACCUGGAGGAACCAGGAAGUUCACAGAGACUAGGGGGUUCCAGUGCACAACUAUUUGACGGUUCUGGACAUUUCAUCUGCUACUGGAAAGAACAGUAAACUUCCACCAUGGGGGACAGUGACAUGGCCACUUAUGGCGCGGCUGCCAUUUACCUCCGUAAGCCUGAGAAGGAGAGGCUUGAGGCCCAAGCCAUACCCUUUGAUGCAAAGGCAGCUUGUUAUGUACCUGACAAGGAGGAGUUGUACCUGAAAGCUAAAAUCCUGAAGAGAGAUGGUGCCAUGGUCACCGUUGAACUGCUUGAAAAAAAGGAGGAAAGAGUCGUUAAGGAGGAGGAUGUCCACCCCAUGAAUCCUCCCAAGUAUGACAAGAUUGAGGACAUGGCCAUGAUGACCCACCUCAAUGAAGCCUCUGUCCUGUAUAACCUCAAAGAGCGUUAUGCAGCAUGGAUGAUCUACACCUACUCUGGACUUUUCUGUGCCACUGUGAACCCCUACAAGUGGCUCCCUGUGUAUGACCAAGCAGUGGUGGAGGCCUACAGAGGCAAGAAGCGUAUGGAGGCCCCACCCCACAUUUUCUCUGUCUCUGACAAUGCUUAUCAGUUCAUGCUCCAAGACAAGGAGAACCAGUCUGUUCUGAUUACCGGAGAAUCUGGUGCUGGCAAGACUGUGAACACCAAACGUGUCAUCCAAUACUUUGCAACAAUUGCAGUCAGUGCUGGAAAAAAGGCUGAGCCAGUGCCUGGAAAGAUGCAGGGCUCUCUUGAAGACCAGAUUAUUGCUGCCAACCCACUGUUGGAGGCUUAUGGUAAUGCCAAGACUGUGAGGAAUGACAACUCUUCCCGUUUUGGAAAAUUCAUCAGAAUUCACUUUGCCACAACUGGAAAACUGGCCAAAGCUGAUAUUGAGACUUACCUGCUGGAAAAGUCUAGAGUGUCAUUCCAGCUUCCUGAUGAGAGAGGCUACCACAUCUUCUUCCAGAUGAUGACCAACCACAAGCCUGAGCUGAUUGAAAUGUCCCUGCUCACAAGCAACCCCUAUGACUUUCCCAUGUGCAGUCAGGGUCAUAUCACUGUGGCCAGCAUUGAUGACAAAGAAGAGUUGGACGCCACAGAUGAUGCCAUUGACAUCCUGGGUUUCACUGCAGAGGAGAAAGUCACCAUUUACAAACUGACUGGUGCUGUGCUCCAUCAUGGCAAUUUGAAAUUCAAGCAGAAGCAGCGUGAGGAGCAGGCUGAGCCUGAUGGCACUGAGGAUGCUGACAAAGUCGCUUACCUCCUGGGCUUGAACUCUGCUGAUAUGCUGAAGGCUCUGUGCUACCCAAGGGUGAAAGUCGGAACUGAGUAUGUCACCAAGGGUCAAACUGUGCCACAGGUCAACAACUCAGUGUCAGCCUUGUCCAAGUCUAUCUAUGAGAGGAUGUUCUUGUGGAUGGUCAUUCGUAUCAACCAGAUGCUGGACACCAAGAAGUCAAGUCAGUUCUACAUUGGUGUGCUGGACAUUGCUGGAUUUGAGAUUUUCGAUUACAACAGCAUGGAGCAGCUGUGUAUCAACUUCACCAAUGAAAAACUGCAACAGUUCUUCAACCACACCAUGUUUGUCCUGGAGCAAGAGGAGUACAAGAAAGAGGGCAUUGUUUGGGCGUUCAUUGACUUUGGCAUGGACUUGGCUGCCUGCAUUGAGCUGAUUGAAAGGCCCAUGGGUAUCUUUGCCAUCCUUGAAGAGGAGUGCAUUGUCCCCAAGGCCUCUGACGUCACUUUCAAGGACAAGCUGUAUGCCCAGCAUCUUGGAAAGACCGCAGCCUUUGCGAAGCCCAAGCUUACCAAAGGCAAGCCUGAGGCUCACUUUUCCAUGGCGCACUAUGCCGGAAUCGUGGACUACAAUGUCACUGGAUGGUUGGACAAGAACAAGGAUCCACUGAACGACACUGUUGUGCAGCUGUACCAGAAGUCAUCAGUCAAACUUUUGCCUGUCCUGUACCCACCUCCUGUUGAGGAGGUUGGUGGUCCUAAGAAGGGUGGUAAGAAGAAGGGUGGCUCCAUGCAGACUGUGUCCUCACAGUUCAGGGAGAACUUGGGUAAACUGAUGACCAACCUGAGGGCCACCCAUCCUCACUUUGUGCGUUGUCUGAUUCCAAAUGAAAUUAAGAAACCAGGUUAUAUGCAGAACUUCCUGGUCAUCCACCAGCUCAGGUGUAAUGGUGUACUGGAGGGUAUCAGAAUCUGUAGAAAGGGUUUCCCAAGCAGAAUCAUGUAUGCUGACUUCAAGCAGAGAUACAAAGUCCUGAAUGCCAGUGUUAUUCCUGAGGGUCAGUUCAUUGAUAACAAGAAGGCUGCUGAGAAGCUUUUGGGAUCCAUCGAUGUUGAUCACGAUGAGUACAAGUUUGGACACACUAAGGUGUUCUUCAAAGCUGGUCUGCUUGGUACCCUUGAGGAGAUGCGAGAUGAGAAACUAGUAACCCUGGUCACAAUGACUCAGGCUCUGUGCCGUGCAUACCUGAUGAGGAGGGAGUUUGUCGCGAUGAUGGAAAGGAGAGAUGCCAUCUUCACUAUCCAGAUGAAUGUCCGCUCAUUCAUUAAUGUGAAGCACUGGCCAUGGAUGAAGGUGUACUACAAGAUCAAGCCUCUGCUUCAGAGUGCUGAAACUGAGAAGGAGCUGGUUGCCCUGAAGGAGGAACAUGCAAAACUCAAAGACAUGUUUGCAAAGGUUGAUGCCAGGAAGAAGGACCUUGAGGAGAAGAUGGUGUCUAUUGUGCAAGAGAGGAAUGACCUGCAUCUGUCAAUGUCAUCUAGCAAUGAGGCUAUCAACGAUGCUGAGGAGAGGUGUGAGGGUCUGAUCAAGAGUAAGAUCCAGCUUGAGGCCAAACUCAAGGAGACAACCGAGAGACUGGAGGAUGAAGAGGAAAUCAAUGCUGAGCUGACUGCCAAGAAGAGGAAACUGGAGGAUGAGUGCUCUGAGCUCAAGAAGGACAUUGAUGAUCUGGAGCUGACCUUGGCCAAAGUGGAGAAGGAGAAACAUGCCACUGAGAACAAGGUCAAGAACUUGACAGAGGAGAUGGCCUCUCAGGAUGAGGCCAUUGCUAAGCUGACAAAAGAGAAGAAAGCCCUCCAAGAGGCCCAUCAGCAGACUCUUGAUGAUCUCCAGGCAGAGGAAGACAAAGUCAACACUCUGACCAAGGCCAAGACUAAGCUUGAACAGCAAGUGGAUGAUCUUGAGGGUUCCCUGGAGCAAGAAAAGAAGCUCCGCAUGGACCUUGAGAGAUCCAAGAGAAAGCUUGAGGGUGACCUGAAACUGUCCCAGGAGAGUGUCAUGGAUCUGGAGAAUGACAAGCAGCAGACUGAUGAGAAGCUGAAGAAGAAGGACUUUGAAACAAGCCAACUUCUUAGCAAGAUUGAGGAUGAACAAUCAUUGGGUGCUCAGCUCCAGAAAAAGAUCAAGGAGCUUCAGGCCCGCAUUGAAGAACUGGAAGAAGAGAUUGAGGCUGAGCGUGCAGCUCGUGCUAAGGUUGAGAAGCAGAGGGCUGAUCUCUCCAGGGAACUUGAGGAGAUCAGUGAGAGGCUUGAGGAGGCUGGUGGUGCCACUGCUUCUCAAAUUGAGAUGAACAAGAAGCGUGAGGCUGAGUUCCAGAAGCUGCGUCGUGACCUUGAAGAGUCCACUCUGCAGCAUGAAGCCACUGCUGCAGCUCUCCGUAAGAAGCAGGCUGAUAGCGUGGCCGAGCUGGGAGAGCAGAUCGACAACCUCCAGCGUGUCAAGCAGAAGCUUGAGAAGGAGAAGAGUGAAUACAAGAUGGAGAUUGAUGAUCUUUCCAGCAACAUGGAGGGAGUCUCUAAAUCUAAGGGAAAUCUUGAGAAGAUGUGCCGUACCCUUGAGGACCAAUUUAGUGAAAUCAAGGCCAAGAGUGAUGAGGGUGUGCGCCAGGUCAACGACCUCAGUGCUCAGAGAGCAAGACUUACGACUGAAAAUGGUGAACUCGGCCGCCAGGUUGAGGAGAAAGAUGCUCUUGUGUCUCAGCUGAGUAGAAGCAAACAGGCUUACACUCAGCAAAUUGAGGAGCUGAAGAGGCUAAAUGAGGAGGAAGUCAAGGCCAAGAAUGCCCUGGCCCAUGCUGUUCAGUCUGCACGCCACGACUGCGACCUUCUGAGGGAGCAGUUUGAGGAAGAGCAGGAGGCAAAGGCUGAGCUGCAGCGUGGCAUGUCCAAGGCCAACAGCGAGGUUGCUCAGUGGAGGUCCAAGUACGAAACUGAUGCCAUCCAGCGCACUGAAGAGCUUGAGGAGUCCAAGAAAAAGCUUGCCCAGCGUCUACAGGAGGCUGAGGAACAAAUUGAGGCCAUCAACUCCAAGUGUGCUUCUCUGGAUAAAACCAAGCAGAGACUCCAGGGUGAGGUUGAGGACCUCAUGGUUGAUGUGGAGAGAGCCAAUGGUCUGGCUGCCAACCUUGACAAGAAGCAGAGAAACUUUGACAAGGUCUUGGCAGAAUGGAAGCAGAAAUAUGAGGAGGGUCAGGCAGAGCUGGAGGGUGCCCAGAAAGAGGCUCGCUCUCUCAGCACUGAGCUGUUCAAGAUGAAGAACUCCUAUGAGGAGGCUCUUGACCAACUGGAGACUCUUAAGAGGGAGAACAAGAAUCUCCAACAGGAGAUCUCUGACCUGACGGAGCAGCUUGGUGAGACUGGAAAGAACAUUCAUGAGCUGGAGAAGUCCAAGAAGACUGUUGAGACCGAGAAGGCUGAGAUCCAGACUGCCCUGGAAGAGGCUGAGGGAACUCUUGAGCAUGAGGAGUCCAAGAUUCUCCGUGUCCAGCUUGAGCUGAACCAGGUCAAGGGUGAGGUUGACCGGAAGCUUGCAGAGAAGGAUGAGGAGAUGGAGCAGAUUAAGAGGAAUAGCCAGAGGGUGAUUGACUCCAUGCAGACCACCCUGGACUCUGAGGUCAGGAGCAGGAAUGAUGCCAUGAGAAUCAAGAAGAAGAUGGAGGGAGACCUUAAUGAGAUGGAGAUUCAGCUGAGCCACGCCAACCGCCAGGCUGCUGAGUCCCAGAAACAACUGAGGACCGUCCAGGGUCAGCUCAAGGAUGCGCAAUUGCACCUUGAUGAUGCUGUCAGAGGACAGGAAGACAUGAAGGAGCAGGCUGCCAUGGUGGAGCGCAGGAACGGCCUUAUGGUGGCUGAGAUUGAGGAGCUGAGAGCUGCCCUGGAGCAGACAGAGAGAGGCCGCAAAGUGGCUGAGCAGGAGCUGGUAGAUGCCAGUGAGCGUGUUGGCCUCCUGCACUCCCAGAACACAAGUCUGCUGAACACCAAGAAGAAGCUUGAGUCUGACUUACUUCAGGUCCAAGGUGAAGUUGAUGACAUCGUCCAGGAGGCAAGAAAUGCUGAGGACAAGGCCAAGAAAGCCAUCACUGAUGCUGCCAUGAUGGCAGAGGAGCUGAAGAAGGAGCAGGACACCAGUUCUCAUCUGGAGAGGAUGAAGAAGAACCUGGAAGUCACUGUCAAGGAUCUGCAGCACCGCCUGGAUGAGGCUGAGAAUCUGGCCAUGAAAGGUGGCAAGAAACAGCUCCAGAAACUGGAGUCCAGGGUUCGUGAACUGGAAGGUGAGGUUGAGGCUGAAACGAGACGUGGUGUUGAUGCUGUCAAGGGAGUCCGCAAAUACGAGAGGAGGGUCAAGGAGCUCACCUACCAGACUGAGGAGGACAAGAAGAAUGUCACCAGACUGCAGGAUCUGGUUGACAAGCUGCAGAUGAAGGUCAAGGCCUACAAGAGGCAGGCUGAGGAAGCUGAGGAACAGGCCAAUACUCACCUGUCCAAGUGCAGGAAGGUUCAGCAUGAGCUGGAGGAGGCUGAGGAGCGUGCUGACAUUGCUGAGUCCCAGGUCAACAAGCUCAAGGUCAAGAGCCGCGAUGCCGGAAAGGGCAAGGAGGCUGAAGAGUAAAACCUCUGAAUUCAUGUCACUUUUAUCUGGAUAAAAUAUCCUGGUUAAUGUGAUUAUUCCAACAAUGCAUACUACCUAAUAAAUAAUUACAUAUCUGAA